CACGGAGCUGUUCGAAAGUCCUGCCCAGGGCAGCUCGCUCGUACGGAUCGCUCGCGCUGAAGGGUGGCCAGAGAGCCUGGCGUGUUCCGCGGGGUAAAGCACCAAACUAGAACUAAGGCAGUUUGAGCUCAUACCUCUGGGAAUGACCGCUUUAAAAAACUUUUCCUAUCUUUCUUACACUUGGCAACAUUAAAAUUUGGGGUUUGUCUCAGAGUAAUUUCGUACCAGUUUUUGGUGAUAGAGUUAUCAGAUUACUUGCAGCCUUUCCAGUUACUUAGCUCAGUCCUGGGUGUGCUUGAAAGCUGAGGACUAAGACUGUGUGUUUAGUUUCCUAUUAUCUUAAAUGUGUGAGUAGAAAUUCUUAGAAUUGAUAUUUGAUUAUAUACAGCACUAGUAGCCUCUAUUUUCUGAGAAUCAUUGCUUUUUUUUUUUUUUUUUGUGACAGGACACAAGAGGUACUUACAACAUUUCCUCUAUUGGUGUUUUAUCUUGGUUUUGAUGUUGCUUUGAAUUGAGAAUUGUUAUUCAGAUAUCUGUAAUGGCAGAUGUGCUGGAUUCUCUUAAUACUGAUUUUCUUCUGGUAACUAUAUACAUAGUUAACAGAUAUAUUCAUGUUGCUUUCUUGUGUUGUGACUAUAUCUGCAUCUACAUUGUUGGGUCGCUCUUGGAUUGUAAAUUGAGGGGAGAUAUUGUGGAGAAUUUUUUUACACAUUUUCAACACCCAUUUGUCCAUGUCUUGUGGGUGUUACCAUAAUAAUGCUACAGUAAUAAGGUGUUAACAGUGGCUGGUUUGGAUCUGUUCUGAGAAGGGCUGAACAACACAGUAAUAACCCAUGAGCAGUUAUUUUGCCUAAGAAAACGAUGCCUGUAUGGAGACAGCAGCAGUGUCUUUCCCCUAGUGAUCACUAUACUGAGACUCCCUACAGGGAAAUUCAUUAUAUGACGUUUAGUCUGCUUAGACAACCAUUACUUAUUUUUUUAUGAUUAUUUUGUCCCUGAGGCUGGACACUGUCUUGUGUAAAACAUCUUAAGAAAAAAAAAGGUAAUUUCUAUUUGAUUUAUUAUGGAUAAAUUAGGCUUAAUGAAAUGCAGUCAGAAAUCACCCUUUUCUAAGAUAGUGUAUUUUUUAAGCUAGAUAGAUAAGAUCAUGAAACCAACAAUUUUUCACACAAGGUUUUCCUUUCUGUUUAUUUUCUUUAGCAAUACAACUCCCUAGAAAAUUCCUGCUCCUCAUAGCGAAUGCAAUUUAGUCACACAGUUGGCAGCAUUUCCUGGUUUGAGAGACAUGAGUCUUGCAUCUUUCUCAAGCUGUUUAUUCAUUCCUUGAGCAGGGCUCAGACCCAUGAAGCCUUCUCUCACAGGAUAGCACUUCCAGACAAAUUUAGUGGGGUCUGAGCAUCCUCCCAUCCACCAUGUGUUGGAAAAGCAACUUUUUAACCCGUUGAAGUAGCAAAAACUGUCAUUUUCCAUAUAUUUUACCUUUUCAUAACUGUGUAUUUACAGUUCAUUUUUUAUUUAGAGCUCACAAUAAGUAUUAAAUAGGGGGCAAGUUAUAACAGUCAGUGUAGCAUAUUGCAAUUGUAAUGUUUUGUAGCUCUGUAGCAUCUUUAAGGAACUUUUUUUUUAGCUCCACAGUAGCUGUAGUAGGUGAAUGUUAUUAUUCCUUGUUUAUCUGUAUGCAAACAGAUUUGUGAAUAGCUUUCCAGUAAAUAAAACAAGUCCCAAAUACCAGGGGGAAUUUCUACAGCACCAGUGGAGGAUAGAACUUCUCCCAUUGCAAGUAGCGAUCACUGUUACUCACACCUGCAGUAGCAGUAGGCCCUAAGGACUCAUAAAAGGUUACAACAGAAUAAAUGUACAGGCAGCCCCUCUGAAUCAAAACCGUUUGUUUUGCUAACAGAGUAACUCUUUAUGAACAGUUAUUCUGCAAGGACACCUCUGUGUGAGAGGGAAGUUGUUGGAAUACUUGGUAUAAUGGGUAUGAAAUUUCUUAGAUUCUUUUCUCCCCUAUUAAAAGCUGUAGCAAACCAGCACGUGAAGGCAGCAGAUGUGUGGCAUGAUUGUUAAAACUCUGUGUAGAUCCUCUCAUGAACAGGUAAAGUGAUCUGCUCUGAGUAGCUUGAUCUUCCUUUGCUGAGGAGGAAGAGUUUUCAUACUUAAACCACGGUCGCAUUCUCACUACAUAAUUUACAGAGGCAAUUUAAGGUACUCUGACCUGGCUGUUGGAGGUCGUUAAACUUACACCUCUCCUAAUAAAUCAGAGCAGUCACCUGCUGUAGCAGCCAGGGCUUGCAACACUUCAGAGCAGAGAAACUUGCACCAAAGGCUGUCUGGAGCUGCCAGUCUGGUGUGUCCCACUCCCUUGAGCUGUGGCUGUGGAAACAAACUCCUGCAGCUGUGGUCAGGUGAGGCCAUUGCAGCUGACAGCCAUCUUGCUAUCAAAUACUAAAUUGGGGGGUGUGAGUAACUGUGUUUUCUGCUCUGGGAUUUAAGCUUCUAGAACAGAUGAGCAGUUGCUAUUUAACUAUUGUCUCUAGUAUAAUGGGCAGUGAAAUGGCAAGACUAUUCUAUAUAUACUGUCCUCCUUACUAAACUUUAUCUGCAACUGAUUGCAAGAUGUAUGUUAUGUAUUCCUAAUAGCUUAAAACCACUUGGUUUGGCAAACAGUUUUUAAAAACUGAAACACAGUGAAAUGUGGUGGUGCUGGUAGUAUUUAAGGUCAGUUCUUGUUGUGCACAUUGAAAAGUAUUGAUUUGUUGCUGCAACAUGCUGGGAGUAAGUUUGCUUAACGCCCAACUGGCAAAUACAACUAAUCUUUGGUAAAUAUGAACAGAUAGAAGAAGUGCAGAAGAGUAAACUGGAAGAUCAUCUGAACUUUGACAUGUACAAACAAAUAGGAGUGAAGAAGACUUUGUGCGUUAUACUGCCUUUAAAUUUUACCCAAUUAGUAUAGCAAGAUAAUUAUGCAUUGAAAUAUAGUUACCACUAACUAUGAUAUGCUUGAGAAGAGCUAGCUGGUGUAGUGUAAGCCUCAACAGUUAAAUCUGAAUUGUCUUUUUUAAAAUGUGUACUUUAAUUCUAUUUACUAAAAAAAAAAUACUCUUCAGAGUAUGGCAAGAAGAAUUUGAGAAACUGUUUCUUUUCAGUCCAUAUACUCAGAGGAUGCUGUUCCCGUGGUAAGCUGAGUCUUUCUUUUAAAGCAAUUAACUCCUUCAGCCAUACAGGUUUCCCUGCAUACUUUCUCUACAACAGAAUAAACCCAAGGCAUUCCUAAUACGCAAGAGAAACUGGAGGUGGCAGGGUGGAAAGCCAGGCCCAAAGGAAGAAACAGGAGUACGUCUAUGAACCUCAGGAACUCUACCUCUGGCCUACAGUGUAACCACAAGUACGCCUUACCUGGUUAAUGCUUUCCAUUAAGCUCUGCUGCUGUUUUUCUGCUGUUAUUCUGAUUCAAAAGAUAGAGACUUCCUGAUGUGUGUGUCAUCUGGGGUACAGUGGGACCAAGCAGCCAGGGACAUAAAAGCAGGGUGAAAAACGAAGAGAUGUGCUAUCAGCUUUUCACUGUAGGAGUCCCAUUAAGUGUACAGAAUCACAAGAUUAAAAGAUAUGGAGCCAAGUCCUGCUGUCAAUUAACUUCUGUAUAAUGACAUUAGAGGUAAUUUGGCCGUUUAUAUUUAAUCUGAUUUGCAUAGAUGGGCAGCUUGAAGUAGGUGGCUGUGAAUGGAAUGCUAUUUCAUGCAAAUCACUUGCCUAAAUAUUGGUCUGGUCUGAUUGAGAACAGCUGUUAUUUUUUGUGUUUCACUAGCACCAGAUCAGAAAUAUUAACCAUGCUUCAUUAUACAUAUAGCCACUAAAGCCAGCGAUGGAGCUCAUUCACAGUUGAGGACAGGAUUGCACGUUCUUCACUCGGAAGGAAAUCCUUCGGGGCAGCCAGGUACUGCUGGGCACUUAUUUAUGCACUGCAAGAUACUCACAGGGGUGAGAUGGAAGAAGUGCACGUCCAGUCCUUUUUUAGGCUCAACUGAAUUUCUUGUGCAGCUGCUGAGUUCAGUGAGAUGAUCCAGCAAGGAGCAACCUUACGAAAAGGAAAAAAGAAAGCCCUGUCUGGCUCACCAUCCAUUUGCAUGACUGUUAAUGACCGUUAGUGAGGAAGAGGUUGCACGGCCGAUACCAUGAAAUGGCACCAAACGUUGUGCCCAUGGACUAUACAAAGGACCCAGAUGUUAAACUACCUAUGCAGCUUAUAAUAAACAUGCCUGAGCUAAAGGAGAAUCCCUUCAAAGAAAGGAUUGUGGAGUCUUUCUCAGAAGAUGGAGAGGGGAGCCUGAGCUUCAAUGAUUUUGUGGAUAUGUUCUCCGUGCUCAGUGAAAUGGCUCCCCGAGAGCUUAAAGCAAUCUAUGCCUUUAAGAUCUAUGAUUUUAACACAGAUAACUUCAUUUGUAAAGCAGACUUGGAAAAAACCCUCAAUAAGCUGACCCGGGAAGAGCUGACAGCAGAGGAAAUCACUCUGGUUUGCGAGAAAGUGAUAGAAGAAGCUGACAUGGAUGGUGAUGGGAAAUUAGGAUUUGCAGAUUUUGAAAACAUGAUUUCCAAGGCACCGGACUUUCUCAGUACUUUCCACAUAAGAAUCUGAAGAUGUUUCUGCCCGUCCAGCCUUUCUGAAUCUCAGGCACUCCAGGGCCUUUGGUCCUCUAAUGAGGGCUUCUUAGAACUUAGCAGAAAGUACUGAAAUAAUUCUGGUCCGCAAAGAGACAGAAGCAUCAUGUGAUCUAAUGGAUAUUUGGAACAGUCACAUUUUUAUCUUCACUGCUGGCCAAGCACUCUGGCAAAGAUGGUUGGUUGUUGGAUUGUGGUUUUUCUUGCCCCCCCCCCCCCCCCCCUUUUUUUUACAGUCAGAAUCAGAAUAUUAUUAAAGGUAUUUCCACGUAGUUUUUAUAUUUAUGAAUAUUUAAUACUGCUCUUAAAAGUGCAAAAAAAACCAAAAAAAGAUUGAGAGAAAGAUUAGCUUUGGUGUGUUUUCCAAGAGUAUUUGAAAGAAAGCAUGGGCCUUAAAUAAUGAGAUGCCUCUAUCACUGUGUCAUACAGCUGGGGAUCUUGCAUGGAAAAUAUCUGAGGUGAAAGAACUGCAGUCAAGAUCAAGCUCCUGGUGUUGAAGACAACCACAGCCCAGGUUUGCCUUUCAGCCACCGAAAUGGCAACUGCUGGGUUUGGUGCUUACCUUCAACCAAUAUUUUAUGGAUUGUUGUGUCCUUAUAAAACUUGAAAUAUUUGCCUUUUGUAUAUGAUAACUGCAUAUGUGAUUCAUUUCUUCCCAAGAUAAAUGUUUAAAUUGUGUCCUUAUUCUCCAAGGGGCUCCUGCAUUUUACCAUUCUAUGGGCUGAUAAUGUUGAAUGGAGGAACACAGUCAUCUGUAACUCAUGAAGAAGUUGAAGAAGCACAGAACUACUAUUAAGGACAUGAAAAGACAUUUUCUUUCUAAACAAGCUAUGCAAUCUCUCCCAUAAAAUGCAUGAAUGCAGUUCUAUGUUUCUCUUUUCCCUCCAGCUGGAAAUCAGCUAGAUCAUUUUGUUUGUUUUUUUUUUACUUCCAGUAUUGUUUAGGUACUGGGGCCUGAAGACAAUCAUAUGUGUAUUAAUUACUGUUCUAACAGUCAACAGAAGGGCUCUGUCACUUACAUGGCUUCUGUAUCAAAGUCAUCACAAUUAAAACUUUUGAAGCAUUC